AUGGAUGUACCCAUUGGAAAACAAAUAGUUUGCACCUAUGAGAACCGAGUGAUUAUAUCUAAUAAUAAGAAAGUCUACGACCAUAUAUCUCCAACUUUUCAUGAAGAAGCCGAUGCUCGUCUUCUACUUCACGUGUGGCAUGCUAGCAUCUUUGAAGGACAUACCAAAAUUAACAUUAAAACAGUUGAAAGCGAUGUAGUUGUCAUUGCGAUGUAUGCCUUUUCUAUGUUAGAUGAAGUAGAGGAAUUGUGGAUUGAAUAUGGAACAGGAACACAUCUUCAAUCAUUAAAUGCAUCAAAAGUGAAAAGCAUGUACCCGGGCUAUCAAACCUGCUUCCCUUCCUCCAUGCUUUUACUGGUGCAGACACUGAUUCAAGUUUUGGUGGUAUUUAUAUCACAGCACGAGCAUGAUUUUAUGCUUCCUCAACGUUUUGUUCGCAUAUCAUUCAUCAAGCUCAGCAGAAACUGUCAACGAAGAAAUAGUGGGAGCGGCUCGUGA